AUGGCGCGGCUACGCCACUCGUUCAAGCGAACGCUUCUCCUCUCAGCCUUGGCGGCCGUCUCCCUGGUCUCUGCCGUCGAUGCGACUACGUCAGCGACCACAUCGGCAACCACGUCGGCGGUCCAGUCCAGCCAGGCGAAAAGCACAGCCACAGGCGCAACGACAGCGGCGAUCACGACGGCAACCGGCUCCGACACAGAGAAUGUCGAGACAGACGCGGACACAGCCACGACAGCUACGACAGCCAUGACAGCCACGACCAAAACAAGCACGACGUCGGCGUCGAUGCCAACGCUCACAUCCUCUUCGGCCAGCGGCACGGCCGUGUCGUCAUAUCCAGCCGCUAGUGUGCCACCGACAGCAAACGCGCCCUUUAUGAGACAGUCGUCGCUGCCGGACGGCACCGUGUUUAUCGCCGUGGGCUCGAUCCUGGGCGGCCUAGGCCUGGCCGUGCUCAUCUGGCGGGCGAUCGUGGGCUACAUGCUGCACCGCUCGAUCGCCCGGGCCGCCAUGGAUCAGCACUCCUCCAGCGACAAGUCGUCCUUUCUGCCUCCGCCGGCAGCCUUUUACAAGUACUCGGAUCGCGACUCGACGCUGAAUCUCGCAAGCGGACGAGUCCGGGGCGGCGGCAGUGGCCGCGGCCACCAAGGCAGCAGCAGCGUGUCAGGCAUCGCAGGACGCGGUGUGCGCCGUUCCCAGCGCGGCCCAACGCCAUCAGCCACGCCGUCGCAGACGAAUCUCUUCUUCUCACCCACGGCGCCCAGCGGCACCGGGCACAACAAUGCCGCCGCCACUGCCGCCAGCAACCGCGACUCCCGUCUGCUGCCGUCCGGCUUCUAUGCUGCUGGCAACGGCGGCUCGCCCAACGCGAACGGCAACGACUACGGCCACGGCGGGUCCACGUCCAUCAGCAUGUCCAACCUCCGCUCGGACUCGCACGGCCACGGCCGCGCAGUCGGGCCCAGUCCGCCUGACUCGCCUGCCUUUGGCGCGCAGUCCAUGAUGGGCAACCAGAACGUGAGCGGUAGCUCCCUCAACCUGUCUGGCUUGAAUGGACCUGUCGGCGGCCGCGCUCCCAGUGCCUUCCUCGACGAACUUCUGGACGAGAAUCCAGACCUGUUCCCACCGACCAGCCAGCAACCACAUCACCGCUCAUACAGCCACUCCAGCCAGGGACGGAUCUAG